AUGGCUGACGCCUCGCCAACUCAGCACCCAGGGCUCAUAGCCGUGCCAUGGCUCUCGAUCGAUGCGCGUCAGAUCAUCUUCGUGGCGCAAGGCGCCUUCAACAAGCUCUACCUCGUCCAGGCCGCGGGCCAGGAUGACCUCAUCCUGAGGGUGUCUUUGCCUGUCGACCCACGAUUCAAGACACCGAGUGAAGUCGCCACAUUGGAGUGGAUGUCUCGGAACACUGAGCUGCCUGUUCCAAAGGUUAUGUUGCACGAUGCAUCGCGGCACAGUCGCAUUAGUUUUGAGUGGAUCCUAAUGAGCAAGCUGCCGGGCGAGGUUUGGGCGACGGGCUGGGAGGACGUACCCCGCGGCCCGUUCAAGACGACCCGCGACUGGACGCAAGUGCGCCUGAUGCUGAGCAGCCGAGAAAGCCACGGCAAGAUUGCGAAAUAUUCUGCGCAGAGCGAGAUGGGGAGCGACGAUGAGGAUGAUCUGCAUGACGCCCAGCAGACUCUGGACAUCAUCAAGAAGCUUCAGCCUCUCGUGGACGUUGUGUUUCCGCCCGCACAGGACCCCGAGCCUGAAGCGACCAUGCUGUUCCACGACGACCUCUCCUUGCAUAACAUACUCGUGGACAGGGACGGAAAUUUGACUGGCGUUGUGGACUGGGAGAAGACGUUCCUGGAAGAAAUGGCAAGCCUAGAACCCGGAUGGAUGGAGGUGUUCGAAUCCAGCGCGCAGAAGCGUGAUCCGGACAUGGCAGUGCGCAAGUGUGACAACGACUUUCUCGCCAAGCGCAUCCAAGGCUGGGUAGACGACGUGACGAAGGGACGCGUGGAUGGACCUGGCUUGUUGGAGCGGAUAUAUGACGAUUGA